GACUGGUUCUAUGUAGAUCAACCGCUCUAGUGAUUGUUGUCUUUGGAUACAGGUAACCAGCCGUAUAUAGAUGUCUUCUGAAUCUGCAGGUUAAAUGUUGCCUGCGGUCGCUAUAGAAACCAAUCUCCCUUCGGGGCGUCUCUCAAGCUUGAAAAAUGACGCCACCAAGUUCCACGAGCGACAGACUGAGUACCUACGUCUGCAGAUCGUGGACAUGGUCGGGCAGCACACUUCCAGCAUUCCCGGCAUCAACAUCGACGGCAACCGGCGGCAGCCCAGGUACAAGUCUAGGCUGGCCGGGUACCUGAACGAGGAUAACAAGAGCAUGCUGGGACCGGGUCAGCGCGGGACGUCCAAGAUCAAUCUCGACCUCGUCGACCGCCAGCCGGCAGAGACGACCGGCACGAGCAGCAAGGUCAAGGCCACCGCCUGGUUGAUCAGACGAUUUCGCAGACGCCGCGACGCUGCGGAUGACGGUGCCAGCACCAUCGCUGAUAUCAAACAAGAGAAGCUGCCGAAAGUUCUUUAUAAAGCUGAGGACAGCACAUUUGUGAACUCUGAAAGCAAACAGGCUAAAGAUGGUCAACGUCCGCUUACUUCGAAUAAACAAGAUGAGAAGGAGACCAAAAAGAACUUCAAGAAUGACUACAAAUACGAUUUGAAAAAUAUGUAUUCUAAUGGACGGAAGUUUGUUUUAGAAAAACUAAACAAGUUAAAAGCAAGCGGGGACAUUAUACCUCUAUCGUAUACCAAUUCAGAAGAAGUUACCAACGCCCGUCCUGAGAAGAACGGAAGUGAUGCCAAACUGACGCAAGAAGAGAAAGCACUCAAUGCAAAAAACACCAAAAAGCUCGGUGUUUUCUCCGCAUCUUUAGAAGCUUUCAAACAGAGACUCAAAUCACGUUCUUACACGCUACAACACCCGGAGAAUGACGAGAAAGAACGAGAUUUGAGUACACCAACGAAAAAAUCAGAAGUCUCCGGGAAUAAGUUUUAUCCACGCCCACCUUCACAGCCGCAAGCUUCACAAAAUGUCCAACAUUUGUCUGGGACAAAAACACCACAAGUUACGCACAACGGUCGAGUAUUGCCUCAGCCAAAAACACCAUCUUUUAACGGAGAAGAAUCAUUUUCUAACCCAAACAAUCACGUGAUCCAUAAAAACAACUCCUUUUCCAACGCCAACAAAGUAGGUCCUAUGAGUAAGAUAGAGGAAGAAAAGUAUGAGAAGCGGAAUAACUACAGAAUGUUUAGUAACGGCGAAGGCGUCUCUAAUAAUAAGUUAGCCAAUUCUACUUCAUUACAAAACGAUCACCAAGAAGUACAUACUAAACAGGCGGUUCUAGCUCCGUUGACAGUGCACAACCUGAGACUCCAUGAGUCAUUGCAGUACGUCUACGAGAGGAGACAGAAGCGUAUGGAGGUGUACUUGAAGCGUCAGCAGGAAAACAGAAACGGCGUCAGGAGUCAUUCGGGUAGCUCUGGAGCCGGGGACAGGAUGUGGAAAUGGCUCGCUCAAGUUGAGGUAGAGUCGGAUGGUCAGGUAGUGGAACAUGGAGGCAACACCACAACGGAAACUGUGCUAGACUCGACAGGUCAUGGGCAGGUCCUGGUAGACGCCCUGUGUGCGUGA